GGCAAAAUGGGUGAGGAAAUUAGCAACAAGCAAGUGAUACUCAACAACUAUGUCAAAACAUCGGUGAAAGAAUCCGAUAUGUUGCUUAGAACUUCCAAAAUUCAGCUCAAAAUUCCCAGCGGUUGCGACGGCGCCGUUUUGGUCAAGAAUCUCUACUUAUCCUGCGAUCCUUUUAUUCUUUUGCGCAUAAAGGAGGAGCACUAUAUUCCUCCUUACAAGCUGGAUUGUCCUCUUAUUGUAUUUGGAGUAUCGAAAGUACUGGAUUCGUCUCUUCCAAAUUUCAAGACGGGCGACCUAGUUUGGGGGCAUACUCGCUCGGAGGAAUAUAGCCUUAUUAAAGAUCCGGACAUAUUGUUUAAGAUUCAUGAUAAAGAUUUGCCUCUCUCUUAUUAUACAGGGAUUCUUGGCAUGCCUGGCAUGACAGCUUAUGUUGGUUUAUUCGAGUUGUGCUCUCCCAAAAAGGGGGAGACUGUGUAUGUCUCUGCUGCAUCCGGAGCUAUUGGUCAGCUCGUUGGUCAGUUUGCAAAGAGCGCAGGGUGUUACGUUGUUGGGAGUGCAGGGAGCAAAGAAAAGGUCGAUCUCUUGAAGAACAAAUUCGGGUUUGACGAAGCAUUCAACUACAAAGAAGAGCAAGACUAUAAUGCAGCGUUGAAGAGGUACUUCCCCGAUGGCAUUGACAUCUACUUUGAGAGCGUGGGAGGGAAGAUGCUCGAAGCGGUGCUAAGCAACAUGAGACACCACGGUCGUGUUGCUGUUUGUGGGAUGAUCUCGCAAUACAACAUUGAGCAGCUCGAAGGCGUCCACAACUUGCUUUACCUAUUGACAAAACGGAUCCGUAUGGAAGGAUUUGCUACUUUCGAGCAUUACCAUCUCUACCCCAAGUUCCUGGAGAUGGUUGUGCCUCUAAUCAAGGAAGAGAAGAUCACAUACGUCGAAGACAUAACCCAAGGCAUUGAGAGCAUGCCUGGGGCUAUCGUUGGAUUAUUCUCCGGUCGCAACGUCGGGAAGCAGGUUGUGGUGGUUGCUCGUGAGUAAUUCUGUUUUUCGCAAAGUGAAUCAUCGGAAAGACUAAAAUAAGGUUAUAAUCAUGAUUUAUAAAUAUAUAAUCAUGGAAUUAAUGUACUGUUAUUAAUUGAAACAGGAAGGACUUAAAUAAGGU